AUGCAGGAGGGCAGUCUGUCUCUGCCUGAGGCAAAGGAUGGGGUUUCAGGGACAGAAGCUGACAUUGGUAUUCUGCCAAGAACUAUGGAUAUGUUGUUUAAAAGCAUUCAUGGCAAACUGUAUCCAGAUAUGGAUUUCAAACCCCUUCGAUGUAAAGAUUAUAUAAGGCUGACUAAAGAACAAGUGAGAGAAGAAAUUGCUGUUAAAAAUUCAAUACUUCGUCUAAUGAAAGAGGUUUUGGCAGACUUGGAAGAACUCCUAAAAGAACCUGAACAGCCUAACACGAGCAUGGCAAGCUACAUGAAAUUUUCUGUUUGGGUUUCCUUUUGUGAGAUUUACAAUGAGUGCAUUUAUGACUUACUACUCCCAGUGUCAAAUGACAAGAAAAGAAGGGUGCUACGUCUUGCUCAAGACAUCAAAGGCUGCUCUUAUGUAAAAGAUCUGCAGUGGAUUCAGGUUUCUGGUUCAAAAGAAGCUUUUAAACUUCUGAAGCUCGGAUUGAAGCACCAGAGUAUUGCUUGCACAAAACUGAAUACUUACUCCAGUAGAAGUCACAGCAUAUUCACUGUUAAAAUGUUAAAGAUUGAAGAUUCCGAAGCACCUAAUGUAACACGAGUCAGUGAAUUGGCACUCUGUGAUCUUGCUGGCUCAGCGAGAUGUACCAAGACGCGCAAUGAAGGUGAUAGAUUGAAAGAGAGUGGAAAUAUUAACACCUCUCUACUGAUUCUAGGCAAAUGCAUCAAUGCACUCAAGAACAGUCAAUGGUCAAAGCUGCAGCUGCAUAUACCAUUUCGGGAAAGUAAACUAACUCACUUCCUUCAAGGCUUUUUCAGUGGAAAAGGGAAGGUAUAUAUGAUAGUAAACAUCAGCCAGUGUGCAUAUGAUGAAACCCUCAAUGUGCUAAAGUUCUCUGCAAUUGCCCAAAAAAUUUGUGUUCUAGACGCUUCUAAUGCUCCCCAAGAUCAGCCAUUUGUCCAGAAGUCUGCAAGAGAAGUCUCUCUCAUAAAUAAUGUGGACACUAAAAUCCAGGUAGCAAGAAAAAGAGCCACUGUACUUUGGGACAGGAGCCUGGAAGAUGUGAUAGAAGAUGAUUUAACUGUGGAUAACAAUGAGACACAUGAGGAGCAUGAUACGGCAAAAGAAAUGCCGGAGGAGGAGGAGGAAAAUAAAGUAAUUAUUGGAAAAGAAGAUUAUCUGGCUUGCUCUUAA